GUCUGGUUGUCUCCGCUCGUUUCAUCCUUGUCCGGCGGCGGAGGCAUCACUUUCAUGGUCCUGACGACAACCGCGGCUGCAGGCCAAACAAGCCCAGGCAGCAGUAGAUCGAAUGCGAUAUUCCUACUUGACGCGUUAUUGCCCAGCUUGGCUGGAAUCUCGGCGAAUAUGAUUGUUGGGUGGUGUAUGGCGACCUUGGGCCCGUGGAAAUGCCUCUGGCUUGGCCUUGUAUUCACCAUACUCGGCACUCUACUCCUUCUGCCCCAGGCCUGGCAGUCAAAACACGGCUCUCCCAACACGCAAAUGUGCAUUUGCGCUGCCGCCAUCGACGUGUUCAAGUCUGGUUACAGUCUUUUAAUUUCCAUCUUCCAGCUCGAGGCCCACUGCACACUCGUUCCUCACAACCGACGACGCCUUGCUAUUUUUGUGCUGCUGCCUUCACUCUUCUCCAACGCAAUGUCUUUUUCCAUCUCUACGCUGAGCAGGUUGUAUAUUCCCCCACGAUUCGAUCUGUCCGUCGGCGACGCCAGUCGCAUUCUCGGCUGGGCCGAGAUUCCAACAUUCGUCAUUAUUUUCAUCACCACCCUCUCCACCAUGCUCAAGGCAGUGCCCCGAAGGGCAUCGCCAGCUCUCUCAGCAGGUGAAAGCGGCGCGGACGUGAAACGCGAUAUCGUCAAGGUCGCUCUUUGCCUCUUGGCCGGUCUCAUCGGCAGUGUCCUCCUGGCCUCCGCCACUACAGUCACCAUGUUCGCGGCGGGCCUCGUAGCCGUGUUUCCGUCAGUCUGGUACACGUGCUUCACGCGAUCGAUUCUUACGACAAUCGGCAAAGCCGAAUCAGCGACCAUGGACUUGCUUUUGCUAGACCAAGUGCUCGAGGCGUUUGGCAGGGUGGUGUUUGUCAAAGUAAUCGAGUACCUCUUCCACCGUGGGUUAAAAUACGGGUGGCCGCUGAGCUCGCCGUACUGGGGAGUUUCAAUCAUGUGCUUGUUGGCAUUGUGUUUCACUAUCUGGGCUCGAUUUGCUCUUGGAGACCAGGCGGCGGAGGAGGGUCCCGUGGAUGAGUCUGGGACGAGCAACGAUACAGACCCAACCGAAUCGUCUCCGCUGAUUGUGCCGGAUCGAGAGGAUUGAAACCCGUAGGGUGUGUGCAUAGCAUAUGUAUAUUACUUUGUCUACUCUGAGAGUGACUUACACAUGUUGGAGUUAUCACCAAAAGUGAAAUGGCUUACACCCACCACCACCACGCACACACUAAAUGAC